AUGAAGUAUUCUUUCACUUUUUUUCUCCUCGGAACUGCCCUGGCGGCACCCACCAAAACAAUUGAGAAUCUUCAACUCCGCUCUUUGGGCGGCUCUGGCGGCGGCAUUGGUCUCGGUGCCCUUGCCUCUCUGAUCCCCAGUCUAGCAGGGUCUAAGGGUUCGAACUCUAGUUCAGAAUCUGAGAUUCCUAGUCUAGGCUCUGGGAUUCCCAGUCUGACAGGGUCCAAGGGCUCGAACUCUAGUUCAGAAUCUGAGAUUCCUAGUCUAAGCUCUGGGAUUCCCAGUCUGACAGGGUCCAAGGGCUCGAACUCUAGUUCAGAAUCUGAGAUUUCUAGUCUAAGCUCUUUGAUCCCCAGUCUAACAGGCUCUAAGGGUUCGAACUCUAGUUCAGAAUCUGAGAUUCCUAGUCUAGGCUCUGGGAUUCCCAGUCUGACAGGGUCCAAGGGCUCGAACUCUAGUUCAGAAUCUGAGAUUUCUAGUCUAAGCUCUUUGAUCCCCAGUCUAACAGGCUCUAAGGGUUCGAACUCUAGUUCAGAAUCUGAGAUUUCUAGUCUAAGCUCUGGGAUUCCCAGUCUAGCAGGGUCUAAGGGUUCGAACUCUAGUUUGGAAUCUGAGAUUCCUAAUCUAAGUUCUGGAACCCCCAGUCUGGGUUCAGGCUCAGGCUCAGGCUCUUCCAUCGGUUCAGGAUUCCAUCUACCCAGCUUCAGCAACAUCCCCAGCCUCGGCAGCUUGAUCGGUGGCGGCAGUAAAACCGACGGCGAGAGCAAAAACAAGGAUAGCGGGUUUCUCAAGAAAGCAAAACCAGAGCUUGGCUCCCUGAUCCCAAGCCUGACAUCGGGAGCAAGCGUCUCAGCCAGUACUUCAAGCUCAGAAACUGCCACAGAGACAGCUCUAUCAUCUGGAAUUCCAACUUUCGGCUCCGGUAUCAGCGGCUCCGGUACCAGCGGCUCUUCGACAGGCUCAAACUUCGGCAUUCCCAGCUUUAGCGGAAUUCCUAGCCUGACUAGCCUGACUGGCAGCAGUGACAGUAAAAGUGGUACGACCUUGCCCCUUGGCGUCACUAGUGGUCUCGCUAAACGAGAAACAGGUGUGGGCUCUAGCACGGAGAACGGCGUGACUGAUAAGUCGGCCUGUCAGCCUCUUACCUUUAUCUUUGCCCGUGGAAGUACGGAGACAGGUAAUAUGGGCACAGUUGUUGGACCACCUGUUGCAACGCAGCUGGCCUCGUUGACGAAUAACAGGGUUGUUGUCCAGGGGGUCACUUAUGACGCUUCUAUCAGCGGCAACGCCCAAGCCGGCGCAAACGGCGGCCCGAUCAUGGCCAAGCUAGUCAAAGACGCCUUAGCUCAAUGCCCCAGCACCAAGGUCGUCUUGGGCGGAUACUCACAAGGUGCAAUGGUCGUGCACAACGCGGCGAACAGCCUCUCUUCCGGCGAGGUAGCAGCUGCCGUCCUCUUCGGCGACCCUUUAAAGGCUGAAUCUGUUGGCAAGCUGGCUAGUGCCAAGGUGAAGGAGUUCUGCGCUAGUGGUGACCCUGUCUGUGAGAAUGGAGACAAUGUCCUUGCGCAUAUCACUUAUGGUAGUGAUGCGAAGGAGGCGGCUCAAUUCUUGAUUGAGGCUGCUGGUGUUUCGAUCAGCUCUUAG